AUGAGGAGGAACGCCGCGCAGUCUUUUAAGCAGCGAUGUGCACCGCUGGCGCAGGGUCGUCUGAAGCCGGCCCAGCAGCUGGUGGCGGCGGGCGCCAACGUGAACGCGCGCGACCGCCUGGGGCGCACGCCGCUGGCGCGCGCCGCCAGCAACGGGCACGCGGCGCUGGUGCAGCUGCUGCUGGCGCACGGCGCCGACGCCAACAAGCGCGACCGCGCCAAGGGCACGGCGCUGCACCAGGCGGCGCUGUUCGCGCACACGCGCUGCGCCCAGCUGCUGCUCGACCACGGCGCCGCGCCCAACGCCGGCGACCUCUACGACGAGACGGCGCUCCACAAGGCGGCGCUGCUGGGCAACGAGGAGAUGGUGCGCGUGCUGGUGGACGGCGGGGCCAACGUGUCGGCGCUGGACGACGAGGAGCAGACGCCGCUGCACGACGUGGCCAUCAAGGGCAGCGUGGCGUGCGGGCGGCUGCUCGUGGCCGCCGGCGCCUCGCUCUUCGACGGCGACAUGGACGGCCACACGCCCCUCCACAAGGCGGCGCUGUACUCCAACCUGGCGGUGAUGGAGUGGCUGAUCGUGGAGCAGCGCGUGCCGGUGGACAUCCGCGACACGAUGGAGCGCACGCCGCUGCACUUCGCGGCGGCGCAGGGCCAGAUGGCGGCCAUGAUGCGCCUCAUCGGCCACGGCGCCGCCGUCGACGCCGUCGGCCUCAACGGCUGGUACCCCAUCCACUUCGCCGCCGUGCAGGGCUACGCCGACUGCGUCUACACGCUCAUCCAGCACGGCAGCGACAUCGAGUGGUGGGACGCGCGUGCCGGUGACAUCCGCGACACGAUGGAGCGCACGCCGCUGCACUUCGGGCGGCGCGCAGGGCCAGAUGGCGGCCAUGAUGCGCCUCAUCCGGCCACGGCGCCGCCGUCGACGCCGUCGCUCAACGGCUGGUACCCCAUCCACUCGCCCGCCGUGCCAGGGCUACGCCGACUGCGUCUACACGCUCAUCCAGCACGCAGCGACAUCGAGUGGUGGGACGUCAUU